ACCGAGUCAGUGAGUACAAAAUCGAUUCUUCCUGACUCGAGUACCGGAAUCGAGUCCGGUGUACUCGCAACAAAAUAAAUUGGUAUUCGAGUAAGCGAAUCCAAGGCAGGAAUGGAGUCUGAUUCUGAUUCGAGUCAAGCCCAUUCAAGCCGCUCGGCACAUCGCUAGUCUGUGGUGAACUGGUGAUUGUCGUCCAUCCAUACUUUUGUUGUAGAGAUGUUGAUAUUCGUCAAUUUCAGCAAUUGUGAUUAAAUUUGUUUACGUUUGACUGUUUUAUGCGUGACUAAUUAAAAUGGACGUAGACGACUCUGCGGUUGACCUUAGUGUGAGGUCAUUACCUCCUGAGCUAAGUGAACUCAGAGCUCUUACUGCCAGUGGUCUGACAAUAACCCCAGCACAACCCCCUCCUCAUGGUGCAAGUGGCAGGAGAGUGUUGCGGCCCCGCUCAGAACAGCGCAGUUAUGCAGAGAGCCCUGACAUUGUGCUGUUACCUGCUGCACCUCCGCUUAGGAAACCAUCAGUGCCGACACCUGCCAUUUUUACAGCUAAAGAGCAAACCACCCCAGGCCACAAAUCAACACCAAUCUGGGCAGAUUCUGCCACUGCCAACAAACAGCACAACUCUAACGAUGUAUUGAAAUUAAAAGAGGCUAGCAACCGAUUGAACACGGGAGCGGUGAAUGUGUCUAUAACACCGAGUUCGUUGCCGGCUCCGGAGUCGCCGCGUGACCCGCGCGAUGAAGAGGACUCGGAGGACGACGAGAAUGAACCGCCGCUGCCUAUUAUCGGGCAUAGAGAAUUAUCGAGCGCGGAGAUUUGGGAGCGCGAACGUCGAAUGCGCGCGUUGCGAGAGAAACUACGCGCCGAAGAGACCCGGUUGGUUCUGCUCAGGAAGAUCAGGCAGUCCCAGCAGUCCACCGGCUUGCCGCCCGCCAAGGACACAAGCACAGGCACCGCGCUAGCCGGCAGCGGGUGUGUGGUCCCACCGGGGGUCACCGUGACCCCGGCGCCUCCCCCGGCACACCAACAAGCUAAGCGGUCUAGCACAAGCUCCAGCACGGGGACAAGCGCCGGCGGUUCCGCCGCGUCCAUAGUGCCGGGCGGGUACGCGUCCCGACGGGCCUCCGCUCUACCGGGCGGGGCCACCCUCACGCCCGGCCCCUACCGCUCCCAGUCAUCAACAAGCGGCGGAGCGAGUAUCACGCCGUCAGUUACUAUCACACCGGCGCCCCCGCCCGCUUCUCAACAUGCAACGUCCAAGGCUAGCUCCCGUAGUUCCGAGGACACGCAGACGCCUGCGCAGCGUCAGGCCGCUGCGAAACUGGCGCUAAGGAAACAACUAGAGAAGACGUUAUUGCAGAUACCUCCUCCCAAACCGCCUCCGCCUGAAAUGAACUUCAUCCCUUCGCCGAGCAACACUGACUUCGUUUACUUAGUGGGAUUGGAGCAUGUCGUGGACUACAUCACUAAUGAAGAUCGCAUGCCGCGUUCAUCAGUGCCCGCCGUUUGCGCGCAAUGCGGGUGCGACUUCACACCGGUCUGGCGCUGGGAGCGGCCGCCCGCCCGCAGACAAGACGCUACCUUCACGGCGUCGGCCGCGUCGCGCCGCCUGUGCGAGCUGUGCGUCUCCGGCAACGUGAAGCGGGCGCUCAAGGCGGAACACACGGCCCGCCUCAAGACCGCGUUCGUCCGCGCCCUGCAGCAGGAACAAGAGAUAGAGAGACGCCUGUGCGCGCCCAGCGCCUCCCCCCCGCCCGCCCCCGCGCCGCCGCCCGCGCACCGCCCUCUGCAGAUGUCGGUGUCUCGAGCGAGUCCUCGAGCAACUCCCAGUUCUACACCGGCGCCUCCGCCCGCCGCUAAGCCAGCCCCUCCGCCUGCUAGUCAUCAGCAAAAGUCUCUAGCGCCACAGCAGGCGGACGCGAUGCGAGCGCAUCAUGCGGAGAGGCGCGAAGCCGGCGACGCGGUGCCCGCCAAGAAAGGUAAAGGUUCUUCGUCGAGCAGCACCAGCCAGGGCAGUAGCAGCAAACAGCACCAACAGUUGGCGGCAGCUGCGGCCGCUCAAAUGGCCUUCGAACAACAUAGUGCAGCCGCCAUGCAAGCUCUGCAGCAUCAACUAUUAAGAGGUUUAAACGGUGCCGGCGGCAGCGGUGCGAUGUCUCCCGCAGCAGCCGCGGCAGCCAUGAUGCAGUUCUCUCCCCUCCUCUAUACCUACCAACUGGCCAUGGCGCAAGCCUCCGCCAUAGGUAAGCGAUCCGGCAAAGGUAGUAGCGGCGGCAGCAGCGCAGCGAUGGCAGCGGAAAUGCAGCGAGUGGCAGAAGCACAACGACAGUACUUGCUGGAUAUGAUUCCGGGACAACACGGCCGUAACCCGUGGCCCAAGAACUAAGCCAUCAGGAUCUGCGAAUCGCGGCGUUGCACAGAAACGGACACAAGAAUGUCUACGAUCGAAUGUACUUUAAGCUAGAUAGUUAAUAGAUAGUAAGGAACUUUGAACAUUUUUAUUCAAUAGAUCAAGUUUAGUAAUGCACAAUAUUGUAAUGAAUGAUAUACGUAAAUCGUAUGUAAUUAAUAAGUUAACGAGACAAGUUAGGAUUAAAAGGACGCGUGCGAGAUUAGUAUUUAAGAAUAAUUUGAUCGUUUUGUAUGAGGAUUUUAAAGAUUUAAAAUAAAUGAUACAAUGGUAUGGAUUAAA